UUGAUACAAGAACUUGAGACCAAUGUGGUAAUGUAUAAUAGGAUGUGGGGCACAGAUGUUGUUUAUGGCUUACAUAAUCGUCUCACUCUUCCUAUUGGUGACCCGGCCACCCCUGACAAAUGGUUUCAACUGCCAGAGAUGGGAUACCUUGUUGCCACAAAGUACCAAUUGGUUCUCGUAUCCUUAUCCUCUAUGGGUUGUAACACAUACUUUCCACUGAUAGGAGCCGGCCCACGAGAUGAGCAUUCUGUUAUAGCUAUUGGACAUGUGAUAAAUCACUGGGUACAGCUCCAAUUAACUCCUGGACAUCCUAUGCCGACUAUUGCUCCCCAGUGGGAAUGGCACAGUGAUCUUGCCUCCAAAUACUGGCGCAACCUAUAUGGUCCACGUUUAGGCAUGUAUGAUGCACAAUUCCAAGCUUGGCUUGGUGCUUUUAGUGGUCAUGCGGACUUUGUGGACAUCACCACAGAUUGAAUGUUCUUGUAUUGUGUAAUAUUAAUUUGUAAACUCUCUGUAAUUUGGUAGAAUGUGGCCCUUAUCACAGGUUGUUGUUAAUGAUGAAAAUCUAGACAUCAUCGUAGAUUGGCAGGUUCAUGCGUGUACUUUUGGUAAU